AUGACACCGCGAAAGAGGCCGGGUGCGGGAGUGCCUGUGCGAAAGGUGGCGCGUCGGAGUGUGGAUUCGGGCUCGGGGUUGGCGGGUGUGAAGGUGGUGGUAACGGGUGUACCAGUGCGCAUGUCUCGUUCCUUGUUGGAGUCCAAGGUGCGGUCAGCGGGAGGAGUGGUAACAACGGCGGUAUCAGGUGUGACUAAUUACUUGGUUUAUGGUGCCCAGUUGGAGGAUGGUCGUCCAGUGGAGGCAGGUUCUAAGUUCCGGAAGGCGGCGGCGUUGGCGGCAUCGGGUUCUGGAGUUGGGCUAGAGGUGUUGAGUGAGGAAGACUUUCUAUCGCGUUUCCCGGAGUUGUUGGCAGACAUACAGGCUCCGGCCACGAACUUGGCCACGCUAGAACCUUCUCACCCGCUGGCGACCCUUUGGACUGAACGCUGGCGUCCUGAACAACCUGCCGACUUCGUCUUCAACCACGGCGCUUUCCGUGCCUUACAUGACUGGCUCACCGCCUGGCCCGCUGCCGCCGAACGCGGCUGCCUCCUCUGCGGCCCGCCCGGCGUCGGUAAAACCAGCGCCGUCCUCGCUGUCUGCAAACUUCUCGGUUACCAACUCCUCGAGUUCAACGCCAGCGACACACGCAGCAGAAAGCAAUUACAAGGCAGGUGA